AUGGAAUUGUACAAAAUCUGUACCGAAUCCUUCAAUAUAAGAAUUGAACGAUUAGAAAUACUCUACAGCAAUACUCUUCAAUGUCCUUAUUCGAAAAUAAUUCUCGAUAAUCGUUUGUUUAUUACACAACUAGAAACAACUUUGCCUCCGGCGUGUAUGAGUCAUUUUAUCAAGGGUCGUACUGUUUGGAUCUAUUGGCUUAGUGGAAGAGAUUAUGUCAUAGACUGGGUACAUUCAGCUGAUUUUCGUCGAUGGGGAAGUGCAUUUUUCAUGUUAGAAAACAUCAAUAUAAUGAGUGCUGUUAGGAACUUUCAAUCGGAAUCUUUUCUUGUUAAUCAACCAAUGAUUCGUACUCAAUUUGAAGAUCAAAUCAACUUACAAAUUGGCCGAUUAUUAAAUGAUACAUGUAAUAGUUUUGUUCAAAAACAAGAAUUCUAUUAA